AAUUCCCGCCAAAAGAUGUUGUCAAACUGUCAUUUCGUUCUAGGAGAACCGAAAUUAUGUUUUGAUAACAAAUUGAUAGAGGCUUCAAAUCUGAUUUUAUGCCGAAACGCUAUGAUUGAAACUAUAUUGCAAAAUAAGAAAUGUUUACCUUUUUAAAAUAGCUACUAAUAGGAUUUAAGGAACAAUAAAUAUGGCUGGAAAAAAGGGUAGGAAAGUUGAAAUUUCGGCAACGCUUGUGACUGAAGACAUAAUCCCGUGUGCUAUUUGUGGUAGAGAAGUUGAUGAUGAAGUUCUAUACGGAAAAAUAUAUGCAAUCGGAGAUAUUCAAUGUCAUUAUUUUUGCGUGUUGCUGUCCUGCUGCCUGGUGCAGAAAGGAAGAGAGACAGAUGGCCUCUUUGGGUUUCUGUAUCGAGAUAUCUUAGCCGAGAUCGAGAGGGCCAAGAAGCAUAAAUGCUCAUACUGCAGUCGUGGUGGUGCCACCCUGGGCUGCUCUGUGAGCCAGUGUCGGAAACAAUUCCAUUUGCCGUGUGGCAGAGAAAAGAAUGCAGUAUCAUUGUUCUACGGUAAUUAUAAAUCAUACUGUCAGCAACAUGUCCCGAAGCAGAAGGUACAUGACAAUGUAAUGGAGAGCAUUAAGCAGCGGAGAAAAAACAAAAUUAAAUCCAAAAAAGGUGGAGCAGAUGUCUUUGAACAUGAAGAAUCAAGCUCAGAAUCGGAGUUUGUGUGCCUGAUAUGUUACGAGGAGGUUGAACCUUAUCCCGGUGUGCAGACAUUUUGGCCGCCCUGCUGUGCCAGGGAUGCUUGGUUCCACCGAAGAUGUUUACAGCGGAUGGCGCUCACUGCCGGCAUGCAUUAUCUGAAAUGCCCCUUGUGCAACGACAAGGAGCGCUUCCACGAGGCCGUCAUAUCGCAGGGAUACUACAUCCCCGACCAGGAUGCCGCGUGGGAGCUCGAGCGGAACGCGUACGCAGAGAUAUACGAGAGGAAUCUAAGAUGUGACGCUGAAGUCUGCGAAUGUCCUCAGGGCAGAGACCACGAUAGCAACGAAGGGGAGUGGGACCUGCAGCCGUGCCUGCUGUGCGGCUGGAGCGGGCGCCACGCGCGCUGCGGGCCCGCGCCCCCCGUGUGCGCGUCCUGCCGCCCCGCCGCGCCCGCCGACCUCACCCGCCUCACCGCGCAGCUGCGACACGUAAUGUUGGCCGAAGAAUCCAGGAAUCGUAGUGAAACUCGGCGACGUCCCGUGAUGCCGAGCAGAAUGUCCCUACGACGGACGAAAACUGACCCGAAAAAUGUUCCUUCUACGUCCACCGCUGAGAAUAAACAAGAAGUAACACGACAAGAUCUCAAUUUAAAGCCUCCGAGGAAGCCACAGUAUUGUCUCAUAAAGCCUACAGUGUUGAAAAACAUUGAACAGAAUUUGUUAUCGCCCAUAAAAUUAUUAGAAAAGGGCGUUCAAGAGAAAAUUAACAGUGAAGAAAUAGACAAUGUUAUAAUCGAUGAGAAAAUAUUAGAAGAGGUCCGAGAAAAGUUCCGAAAACCUAAACCCUUGUGUGUUAAAAGGAAAAUUGUCGAUGAAAUUUUACAAGGGCUGUUCGAUACCGUUCUGAAAGAAUCGAAACAGAAGGAGAUAAUCAAGAAAUGGUGCUCCCCUAAAAAGCGCGAAAUUAAGGAGGAAACAGAGCCCCAGGAUAUCAUAUCUGAAGACACAGCGGUCGCUCGGAACCCCUCCACGCCAGUUAAAGUCGAGAACCAAAAUGAAUCGAGCAACGAUUCAUCUAGUACUUUCCAACUGCCACCGGAGUUCGUCGCCGACGACAGCGAUCACUUCUCGCCGCAGAAACUAAAGAAACUAGACAUUCAAAACAAUUCCAGCUUAGAGAUAUUCGAGAAUAACGAGAUUAUUAACAUAGACGUUAAGAAAAUGGACACUCAGUGUGACCGCAGUGAGGGUGUCGAUUUAAAGACUCCGGUGAAAGUUAAGAAGUGCGCUUUCAAGUUCAGCCCGUUGGAUAAGGAGACGCUAAGUGACGAAAACGUCGGCAUGGACGUCGAGAGCUUCAAGAAUUGCUACCUGAACGAGGUGGACAGGCAUUUUGUGAACAACGUCCCGGGUGAACACGGGAAGAAGAAGUCUAGAAAACGGAAACUGAACUCGAAAGCGAGAAUCGAUAAGAAAAAAAAGAGGGAUCAUAAGGAGUUGAACAAGUCGAAGGUGUACCGUAAGAACGAGAGGCAGAAGAUGAAGAUUAGAUUCAAAACUCGCAUAAAACUGAAGGUAUGCGAGAGCAAGGAUAAAGAUUUGAAACAGUACGUUUUGUCGAACGUGAAUAAUGUUGUUGUGAGACCGCAAAAAGAGGUUGGACCGAUUAAAAGGAAAUAUAACAAGCAGGAGAAGUCAUCGGAUAAUCUAGUUCAGACAUCGAUCCAGAAGUUUUUCGCUGUGAAAAAUUGUAAAACUAAAUAGCACGCUGAAAAAAGCUUGCUUGUAGCACACAUAGAUAAAUAGCAUGUUAUUAUUAUAGAAUAAAUAUACAUAUAUAAAAUAGGCACUUCAUCUACGUCAGUCUCAGCUAUCAUUUAAAGUUGUCAUGACCUAAAGGAUAACAUGGCUGGUGUACUCUAUGUCACCAUGCCCGUUCAAAUUUUUGUUUGUUAUCGCUUAGAUGAGUGGACCAGCUCACAGCCCACCUGGUGUUAAGUGUUUACUGGAGCCCAUAGAUAUCUACAAAGUAAAUACGCUUGAGAAAUGAGUUCUAAGGUCUCACUUUUAACAGUACGAUUUGCCACAUGUUCACAAAUGACUAAAAAUCAAAUGCACUAAAAUUAUAAUUUGCAUUGUUACUAUUGGAAUCUGGUAGACAUUAAUUCUGAAGGUAAGAGGCGGCUUUGACAUGGCAACUCAAUAGGUUCUAGUAGUCACUUGGUAUAUGUCUUCAAUAAGAGUAUCUCCCACCUGAACUCCCUAAUACCUAUCUUACCGCGUGGCACCGUCUUUCUGCGUACCUCUGCCAUGAAGAAAUUCAGAGCUUCGGCUCUUAGAACAGUUAUCCAAGGGCUUUUUAUGGUAUGCGUAUUUACCAUGUUUGUAUAUAGUUAAAAAAAGAUGUGUGGUGUCGUGGGACACCUGAUAAGAACGAAGUUCCUUAUUAUAAAAAUAUUAAUUUUAAGUUCUAUUCGAGGUAUAAAGAAAAUAAAACUGGAGGUUUCGCAACAUCCCGCGGUCAUUCGGUAACGUGCGAAAUUAUUGUGGUACACUUCAUUCGCGGUUGUUUGCAUAAGAGUUAGUGUGUUGCGCAAACGAACGCUCUGAGAUCGUGGUCAAUGAAUGAUAAAAAAAUAUGUUAUCUUUUGUAUGUUAUUACAAAGUUAAGUCUUACACUGUGCAAUACUAAUUCGUACGUUAUUGCAAAGUUAAGUCGUACACUGUGUGCAUUACUAAUACCUUACGUUACGGACGUUUUUUCCCGGUUAGGGUACCCCUCCGCAUCGUCCCAUAAGGAACUUCGUUCCAAAAAAAACUAGUUUAAAUUUAAAUCAUGGAGUUGACUCGUGAUUUUUUACUAAGUCGUUAUAAGAUAUUAUGGCCCUAAACAAGUUUUUCAAUGAUUGUGUUUUUUUUUGUCUCAACUAUGGAGGUUAGAGGUAAAGUGUCGACAUGUAAACAUCAAGUUACUGUUGGAAGACUUACCGAAAUAGCGCUAGUGUGGGAAGUGGAAAUUAUGUGAAUAAAGCAGUUUUAAACAGAGCGAACGAAGUGUGCUAGAUUUAAGUGAUGUGUAGUCGUUUAUGGCACUGUUUUUAAAUCUUUCCACUUGCUACUGUGGCGCCAUCUUAAUUGGCUCCCGUUCAGCGAACACUGUUUAACUUGUACUAAAUAACAGUUCAAAAAUCCUCCAGAAUGGCGCUAGCAUGAGCACAGGGUAUGAUAUGAAUUGAGCAGUUGUUAACUGAUUGAAGUAAACUGAGUUAGGAAAUUGAAUAUAUUUAAUGACUAGAGUGACAGUGUAACAUACAAGACCUCACAUGUUUACGUACUCCAAACUAAUUUCGUCCAUAACACCUAAAAUUAUUACUAUGGUAAAACGUGGAGACAUCGAUUGCAUUUUUUUAUCAGCUUUAAACACUUAACUUUUUGUGAUUUUGUAGUGGUUACAGUUAUUUCGUCCUUUUUUAUUUCUCUAUCUUAUUCAAAUAACUUUCAGCGCCUUUUUUUAAAUUUACCCGGUUGCUACUGUAGUGCCAAUCUUAUUUAGCAAAUUUUAACGUAUACUUUUCACACACAGAGACGGUUCUCCUCACCUCUACCCUCCAUAGUCUCAACCCAUCGGUUGCAAAACCGCCACGAAGUGCCUUGUUAAAAAGUAUGUUGUUGUUACAAAGUAUAUAAUAAAUUGGUACUUUUCUUACUAAAUUGUUCAUUUAAAAGUAUAUUUAUGUAAUUGUUGUGUUAUAAAAAUAGUUUUAAACAUACUAAACUGCCUAGUUUGUUGAAAAAUUCUAGAAAUAUCGGGAGUAUAUGAGUGCUGUCAGAGCACGUCGAUUUCUACCGUUUAGUAGAUACUUUUUAUUAUCACAAUUUUGUGUUUUUCUGUAAUCAAGACAUUACUAUGCAAUGUUAGUUUUACUAUUUAAUGUUUUAUUAAAUAUAUAUUAAGGUUACACUACGAUUGUAUAAGUCAACUUUUUUUUUCGUUAACUCUUCGUUUGUAUACUUGAUUCAGCGCUUAUUAAAAGAAGAAACAAAUUCAUUGUGUAAA